GCGAAGGGCCAAUGCACUUUUGGCAAACCUGCAUCGUCCAGACCAAUUCAUUAUGGCGGUAAUCUCGCGCCUCCUAGUCCUCGUAGGACUGUUAUCCCUGUUCCAUGCAGCCUACUCCGCUCACGAAUUCUCGACUCUCUCCACAAAACUGCAUAAGAACGCCGCUCUCCCUCUGGAUAUCAAGCUCGAGACCCUGGUCUCAGUAUUUCUUGCAUGCUUUGGUCUUGUACUGGGCUCCGAGCCGUUGAAACCCGUCAGCUGGAGCGCAUGGGCCGGGCAGAUUGAGCGCGAGGGUGGAGGAGCGAAUCCUUUCCGAGGCUUGGAAGAGAGAUUGGGAUUCAUGGAUAUCAGGGCUCAGAGGAGAGCGUUUACGGCGUGGGCGAAACAACAGGGCGCCGGGGUCAAAAGCUGAGAUGAUCAUGAUUAAAAUUCACCGUCAAUGACAACAUCCUGCUUUGGCUAGAGGAAACCUAGGCGUACCACUGAUGGGUUACUCGAUGAAGCGGGGGCUUGGACCUACUACUUCACGAUUCUGAACCUUCCCGCUGUCAAGGGUACGGCGUUGACGGCCGCUUCAACCAAGGCUGUUGGCUGCAGCAACAUGAGCUCUGCACCGGUUCGACUAAAACAUUGAAUGCAGUCCAAAUGCAGUUGCCGGAUGCUUGGAAUGUGUGGCGAACCCUUCCGAUGCGGUUUAGGGACAGCGUCCACUGGUCUAAAAGUCGCUCUCAACGAAAUGUACCCUCAGCCAGUUUAGGUGGCCAGCGGCCGGAUAUAACGCCAAGGGGGAAAAGGUUGUCAGCCACUGGAUUUGAUCUACGAUGUACUUGAAGAGAACGCUGGAGUGGUGAUUAACUUGGUCAAGUAUUAGACAUCUGUACGGACGCAAUCAAGCAAGGGGAUACGAAACCUAGAGCCGGCGGAGAACACAAUCGCCAACCACAUUUGGGAAGGGGAAACGUAGAGCAGACUCUAGUCCUGAUUACUUUUGAUUCGUUCAAUUUGAGAGCCUCUAGUGGCCGCAAUUUGUUCUA